AGCAACAGCGGCUAAUGCGGAAGUUAUAGACAUGUCACAAUUACUGAAAUUGUUUAUGUUGUCAAAACAGUCUGUGGACAGACUGGUUGGAUAACUGACUGUUGAAUAUCUUUUGGUGCAUGCUGGUGGUAAACGCGCUCUCAGUGAGGUGUAACGCUGAGAUAUUGAUACUGAGUGAGCGCGUAGAGACCCCGCGGUGCACAGAGUCCGGGGUCAGUGGGUGCAGAGGGGGCAACACCGGAGAUUCACCAAACUCACUGCCGGCCGGAGCGGGAAUGUGCGGGAGCAGAGCGGCAGGGCACGGACACGAACAGGGGGAGAUCUAACGCGAGCACUGGGACUUAGUGAACUCCGGGCACCAUGGCGCUCCAGCUGCGGAGGAGAACCGCACAGCUGCUGCUGCUGCUCAGGGACUCGGCUCUGUCUGCGCCGAGGCGCUGUGGUGAAAUGCCCUCCUGCCCCGGACCCAAACCGCACCCCGGCUCCGGAGCGAGGCUGCGCAUCCUCGUCGAUAUGGACGGCGUGAUCGCGGACUUUGAGGGGGGAUUCCUAAAGAAAUACAGACAGCGAUAUCCGAACCACCCGUACGUCAGCCUGGACGAGCGCAGGGGCUUUUGGGUAUCCACUCAGUACGGAGAGCUGAGAGAGGACCUGCGGGAUAAAGCCAUCAGCAUUUGGGAGUCCAAGAACUUCUUCAUGGAGCUGGAACCUUUACCAGGCAGUGUGGAGGCUGUGAAGGAGAUGGCCAAGAUGGAGAAUACAGAUGUCUUCAUUUGCACCAGUCCAAUUAAGCACUACGCUCACUGUCCAUACGAAAAGUAUGCAUGGGUAGAGAGGCACCUGGGCACUGACUUCCUGGAGAGGGUCAUUUUAACCAGAGACAAGACAAUAGUGAGUGGAGACAUCCUGAUUGACGACAAGCCGGACAUCCUUGGUGUGGAACCCAAUCCGUCCUGGGAACAUGUUCUUUUCACUGCCUGCCACAACAAGCACCUGCCUGUCAGCACCACACAGAGGCGCCUCCUGUCCUGGGCCGAUGACUGGAGGGGCAUCCUGGGGAGCAAGCGCUAGGGAGAGACUGGCAGACCUCCUCACGUCCUCAACACAGCACCACUAAUCGGUCAACCUCAGAGGACCAUCAGGAAUGACAUGGAAGAUAUCCGUGGUGUAAGAAAUCACUGCACUAACACUGUUAUUCUGUGCUUGGUCCAAAUUUAAAGCUUGAAAUACUGCAUGAAGAGAAGCCAUGUUUCUAAGUAAUACUGUAUAUGUACUAGAAGGAGACAAGCCAGAAUCAGUUCAAAUCAACAGUAAUUCCUCUUUAUCGGUUUUCUCUAGAGAACUGAUAGAUGGCCAGUUUACACUGCCUGGCCAAAACCUGCCUCAGAGCUUGAUUGUAGCAGUUACGUUUGAUCUCAUGCACAUAAAAAUCAUUUUAGCGCACAAGGAUUGUUUUAUGCUGCGAAAUACAUUUCAGAAAUAAAUCUUUAAAUAAAUAGACUUUUUUGGUCAAAAUGUAUGCAUAUAGCAGGAUGUGCAUCCUGAAGUAUAGUA